AUGGGCGGUGGUAUCAGCCCUCACACGACCUUGCCCACCUCGGCUGCCAUCCAGACCACCAUGGAGCAUGAGAUGGCGGGCAUUGAGCCUUAUUACACGGAGGGAACCGGGCUUAGUCAAGGUUAUUACGUGAGACUAGCGCUUCUACGGAUGGCUGAGUUUUCCAAGAGAGCUCUUUAUUCAUUGGUGUUGAGGACGACAAAGAAUCGUGCUUUUGAUAUCAUCGAGAAGUUAAAAUGGACUUGUUCGAGAACAAAUUCGGGCGAUGCAAGGACAGAGGGAAGGCUGUUGCCAAAGGCUGAUGUUGACGAAGGGUCCGAGAAGCUGAAGGCGUACACGAAAGGAGUUUCUGACUGCGAGAAAAGGAAGUCCAAGUUUGAAACUGUCUCCAAGGACAAGUUCUGUUGCUCGAGUUCAAGAGCGCCUUUGAUGACGCAAUGCAUGUACAUCCCUUGGCGAUCCAACGUGGGUCUUGAUCACAACACACAACUUGGCAGCACAUUGAGGUCUGAAACACAAGGAGCCACAAGUCACUUGAUCAGGAACUUUUCCAAGACUUUAACACGCCAGAAGAAAGAGAAGAGAUGGGGAGAGAGCGCCUCUGCGGCAUUUCACUCUCGACUCCCCCAGGCAAAUGCUUCGUAUAAGUCAAUGGCGAACCCAAACGCUGCCUUCGGUGGAGCCGGGAAUAAUCAGCACGAACCAUUCCAACAACAGCUCUGUCUCGUAUAA